GUGCCAUGGCAUAGCACGCGGACGGACAGACACGCAUUGGCAGCGCUGACGCUGGCAGUUGAGCGGUGUACGUGAACGUGAGUGGACGUUAUUGCCACGCCGAUUUGGAAUCGUUUAAUCGUGCAUUCGAGCAGAUACAAAACGUAUCGGCGGCGACCGUGUUUAGUUUCUCGUGUGUGUGACGACGACGACGAAACGGCCGUCGUAACGUGUAUAGUAAAGUGUGCGCAAACAUACAUACAUACAGCGAAGUGAAUUUGUGAGUGAGUGAGUCAGUCAGUGUGUGUAUGGUAGAUUGGUGGUUUUCAUGCUCAUAAUUCGAGGGUGAAAAGCGAAAAACUUGUUUCAAAUAUAAUUGCCGACGAACGGAAGAGAAUUUUCUUUCCAUUCACUUGUGACUGCCGAACAAAUUGCAACAAAAUCGACAAAUUCGCCAAACAAUUUUAUGCCAAACGCGUCUGUUGCACGUGUAAGCGCAGGGCGGCAAGAAAUCAAAUUACAACAAAAAAGCAGCAGAAAAAACGUACAACAAAAACAACGCUCAUGCAAACUUGAUGGCGCGCUAAAGAAAUAGCAGCAGAAAAAAAUAAAAACAAAAAAAUUUGAAGUGAAGUUUCUUUAACAAAAACGCGCGUUACACGAGUCAGCGAAGCGUUGUUGUUGCUAUUUGUUUUUGAAAUUUUUUUCUGGCGCAGUGUGUGUGCGCUUUCUUCGCAACUACGGUGCAGCCAACAUCAUUAAAAAGUUUGCCAUUCAAAAGUAAAAACAACAGCAAAACAUUACAACAACAAAAAAUAAAUAACAACAACAACAAGAAGUUGUGGCUGCGUACAACAAGCACCCUUCGAAUAGGCCUCAAACAACACGCGCCGUCAGUCGAGCGCAUUGCGGCUCUAGAGAAAAACCGGCCGCUAACAGCACAGCACAAACACACCCACACCUAUACAUAUGUAAAAAGGGUGCUACAUUCAUACAUACCCUGGCUAGGGUUGAAAAAAAUCCGCACAAGUCUGCUGCAUUGUAUAUUCAUUUCACUGCGUCCGCACCCACUCGUGCGAAAUCAUCGAAAACGGCAUCCCUCUAACCACCUAUACAACAACAGCUGUUGCGUUGCUGUUGUAUUUGUACGUGCUAUCAUCCGACCAACGCUGGCCUGACUGCAUUUUGUGGAUAAUUAGUUAUGUGCGUGUGAUUAAUAAAGCAAUUUCAGUUGGCCUCUUCCACUUCAACGCAAAACAAUUAGUGAGAAAACCGUCGCGUCACCGCCUUCAGCACAAUCACCUGAUUGUGCUAAUGUUGUUGUAGUUGCUUUAGUGCUGCUCACACUUCACGCCUUCUUUAGUAGCCGCCACUUUACGAUUCACUUACUUUUCGGCGAAAAUUUUUAGUUCUUCUGAAAUGCAGUUACGUUGAAAAAUUUCUUAAAUAUACCGCAAAGUGUUCGAAUACAACAAUACGGAUUGUAUAACAAAUAUGCGUGUUGACAAUUGUGGUGGCAUAUGCAAAACAAAUAAGUGCGACAACAACAAAAAAAUUAAUAUUAACACAACAACAAAAGUAAUAGUAUGCUGUAAUCAAUUUUAUAACAAAAGCAAUAACAACAAUAACGUUAAAAAUCGUAACAAAAAGCAACCGUAACCGCUUGAUAAGUGCAGCUGUGUGGCAACACCACUUGGUAACAAACGACCAGCAACCAUUAAAACAAAGUGCCAAUAAAACACGUUUAAACCAAUCAAAUUAACAAUCAUUAAAAUAAACUCACACGCACACACAGGUAUAUAUAGUAUAUACAAUUAAGUGCGUAAUUGGAGAGACCACUAAUAAAAUACAGAGAAACGAACGUUCAUACAAAAAAGCUGUAAACAAGGCCAACUCUUCGAAUGAAGUUUCGCAGUAAACGAAAUCCAAGUCGAAGCACGUAUGUUCAAAAUAACGGAAGUUUCGCUGUAGCAACAUAGCAACGAAGUCAACUAACCAAUAAUAUAAACUAAUUAUACAAAAUUAAAGAAACAAUUUCAAAAAUGGCAAUGACACAAACACAAAACCAGCCGAGCGCGCCUUAUCGGCAGCAAGUACACGUUAAAAGCAGAUCUCUUACACUCUAUGCACUCCUGAGCUGUCUUUGUGCACUCGCGUUAUUAGUGACACCCACUAAUGCGUUGGCGAAUUGCCCGAGCAGCUGUCAGUGCGAUGAUGACACUUUGGUAGUGAAGUGCGGCGAAGGCACACUCGAUGUGCUGCCCAUCACGCUGAAUCCUUUCAUACAGCGCUUAGUGAUACAAAGCAAUAAAAUCAAAACCAUCGAUUCUUCGCUACAAUUCUAUGCGGAGCUUUUGUUCCUCGAUCUCUCCUAUAAUGACCUGGUCACGCUGCCAAUGCGUACAUUCCAGUUCCAACGUAAGCUGCAAGAGCUGCAUUUGAAUCACAAUAAAAUCGGACAGAUCAGUAAUAUGACAUUUGUUGGACUGGCCGCAUUGACAGUGCUCAAUUUGCGUGGCAAUCUGCUUGCGGAGCUCGAACAGGGCACCUUUGCGAAAUUGUCGAAGUUGGCUGAACUGAAUUUGGGACAAAAUCGUAUUAAUCGCAUUGAUCCGCAUGCCUUUGAUGGUUUGGUGAAUCUGCGCACACUCUAUCUGGAUGACAAUACAUUGACUACAGUGCCGGCGCCUAGCAUAUUCCAAGCCAUGCCCAAUUUGGCGGAGCUCUAUUUGGGCACAAACUCAUUUACGUCCAUACAAGCGAAAGCUUUUGUUGAUCUCAAGGGUUUGACACGCUUGGACUUACGUGGCGCUGGUUUGCAUAAUAUCUCCGCAGAAGCGUUGAAGGGUCUCGAGGGACUACGAUAUUUAGAUCUGGCCGAUAACCGCCUACAGGUGGUACCUACAAAUGCGCUGAGCCACUUGGAAAGACUGGAGGAAUUACUAUUGGGACAAAAUGAUUUUGAAGUGAUUGGCAGUGGCGCUUUUGCUGGAUUGACGCAGUUACGCAAGCUGGAAAUAACCGGCGCACAACGUUUGCGUAGUGUGCAAAAUGGCGCCUUCAGCGCGAACACCAAUCUGGAGCAUUUGAAUUUGUCAUCCAACAAAAUGUUGCAGGAAGUGCAGGAGAACGCUUUAGGUGGGCUGCCACACCUACGCCAUGUCAUACUCAAAGAAAAUGAUUUGCAUACGCUUGCGGAGGGGCUCGUACCAUGGACUGAUCUGCAAACACUCGAUCUCUCCGACAAUCCGAUCGUUUGCGAUUGUCAAGUGUUAUGGCUGCGGAAUUUGCUCGUCUCGAAGAACUCCUCGACCGACAAGCUAAUCGAUGUGAUGUGCGUUUACCCGGAGCCCAUGCGUAAAGAGCCGCUGGCACAGCUAUCGCCUGCCAUGCUCGGCUGUUCGCACAGUGACACCAAGCAACAGGCAAUGAUCAUAGUUGUUGUUGUCGUGACAACAGCUACCAUAACCGGUUUGUCCUUGUUAAUCUAUGGAUGUCGGCGACGCAUACGUGAGACCCUCAAAGGCGGUUGGGGCAAUUCAGCUUUGGGACGCAAGGAGCGUGAGUAUCAGAAGACUUGCUCCGAUGAGGAGUACAUGACGCGGCAGCAACACUCUUGUAGCUUGAGCAUACAACCAACCAUGCAGUUCACCAACAGCGUCGGCUACAAUAUGCAACAGACGCAGCCGUAUAUGGGCUCACGGCCAAUACCAGUCACCGAGCUAUAGCUAGAAGCGCCACCCCCACCUCCACAUCGAGGUUGGGGUACCUCGACCGCGACGGUGAAUGCCAAUAAUGCAACAACAACUACA